AAAGUUCAGUUGGGACCCAACAAACCAGAGAAGACUCUCUAUUCGAUUCCUCCGGUAGCUGCAUCGUUCUCUCCUCUCCUCCUCCGUCUCCUUCCUUUGCUUCUCCGCUUGCUGCGUUGCCAUUGGCGACUUGGACAGCCGGAGGUGUCAAACCGCAGAGAGGCUAGUACUAUAUUUAUUUAAGCGGCCUCGUUCACCCCCGCACGUCCGCACCACUCCACCACCACCCUCCCCUCUUCCCCUGACCUUGCCGCCGGCCGACCACCGACCAGAGGGAGCUCCUCUCGCCAUCCUCCAAGCCAAGCCUCCGUCUCAACUCUCAAGCGUUCGCUCCUCCAAUUUUUUUUCCGUGGGGCGUUCGUUUGGACGGGAGGAUUUAAUGACAGCCCCGCGAGGAGGUCGAUGACGACCGGAGGCCGCCGCCGAUGGAAUGGCAGAUCCCGUCGACAUCGACAAGGCACUUACUGCUUUAAAGAAAGGUACCCAACUGCUUAAAUAUGGUCGCAAAGGGAAGCCAAAAUUUACUCCCUUCAGACUAUCAAAUGAUGAAUCAACUCUUAUUUGGGUUUCAGAUAACAAAGAGAAAAGUUUGAAAAUAGCUUCUGUGUCCAGAAUUCUCUCAGGGCAAAGAACACUGGUUUUUCAACGUUUUCUGCUCCCAGAAAAGGAUCAUUUAUCCUUCUCACUCAUAUAUAAUGAUGGCAAGCGGUCUCUUGAUCUGAUCUGCAAGGAUAAAGUUGAGGCGGAGGCUUGGUUUACCGGUCUUACUGCAUUGGUAUCUCCAGGACAGCACGGAUCCCAGUCCCAAUACAUAGAUGGAAUACGCAAUGCUGGUCUUUCUUUUGAUUGUGGAAGGGAGAGUAGCCUAAGCAGUAGCUCUACUUUCACUUCAGAUUCCCUUGACAAUAAGUUGAGUUCAGCAAACUCUACCAAGGAUCGUUCUUCUGGAGAAUAUACAUAUUCAGAAAGGACUGAUGUGUCAGAUAUGCAAGUGAAAAGUAUUUCUUCUUCAGACAUUCGAAUCAGUGUUUCCAGUGCCCUUAGCACAUCCAGCCAUGGUUCUGGAGGUGAUGAUUCUGAAUCGUUUGGGGAUGUUUAUGUCUGGGGAGAAGUCAUGUGUGAUACCACUUCAAGAUCAGGGUCUGAUAGAAGCGUUUACUCUCCUGCUGCAACUACCGAUAUUCUAGUACCCAAGCCCUUAGAGUCAAACGUAAUGCUUGAUGUCAGCUAUGUGGCUUGCGGUGUGAAGCAUGCUGCCCUAGUUACAAGACAGGCAGAGGUAUUUACAUGGGGAGAAGAAUGCAGCGGGCGUCUUGGUCAUGGGGUUGGAGCAAAUGUUUUUCAGCCACGCCUUGUUGAGUCAUUAUCGACCUGCAAUGUUGAUCUAAUUGCUUGUGGUGAAUUCCAUACUUGUGCUGUUACUGCAGCCGGUGAUCUCUACACCUGGGGAGAUGGUGUACACAAUGCAGGUCUCCUUGGCCAUGGUAAUAACGUGAGCCACUGGAUCCCAAAAAGAGUUUCAGGUCCACUUGAAGGUCUUCAGGUGUCAACUGUUUCUUGUGGCACAUGGCAUACAUCCUUGAUAACUAGUUCUGGACAGCUGUUCACAUUUGGUGAUGGCACAUUCGGAGUCUUAGGUCAUGGAAAUCGAGAAUCAACCUCAUAUCCAAAGGAAGUGGAGUCUUUGAAGGGCUUGAGGACAAUUUCUGUUUCCUGUGGUGUGUGGCACACUGCGGCUGUUGUUGAGGUUAUUAUUUCACAGUCAAAUGCUUCAUCUGGAAAGCUAUUCACCUGGGGUGAUGGAGACAAAUAUCGCCUUGGGCAUGGUGACAGGUCUUCAAAACUGAAUCCAACUUGUGUCCCUUCGUUGAUAGAUUACAACUUCCAUAGGGCUGCAUGUGGUCAUACUCUUACGAUUGGGUUGACUACUUCAGGACACAUUUUUACUGUGGGGAGCUCUGUGUAUGGACAGCUUGGCAAUCCAAAUAAUGACGGAAGGUAUCCUCGCCUAGUUGAAGAAAAGCUUGGCGGUGGUGGUAUUGUGGAGGUUGCCUGCGGGUCUUAUCAUGUUGCAGUCUUGACACAUGCGGGUGAAGUUUACACGUGGGGUAAAGGUGCAAAUGGAAGAUUGGGUCAUGGUGAUAUUGCAGAUCGUAAAGUACCUACACUUGUUGAGGCUUUGAGGGACAGGUCUGUAAAACGCAUUGCCUGUGGAUCAAGCUUUACAGCUGCAAUUAGUCAACAUAAAUGGGUGUCUGGGGUGGAGCAGUCGCAGUGCUCAGCAUGCAGGCAGCCAUUUGGAUUCACUCGAAAGAGGCACAACUGUUACAACUGUGGCUUAGUACACUGCCAUUCCUGUAGUUCAAAAAAGGCUUUAAGAGCAGCACUAUCUCCUAAUCCUGGAAAGCCAUACCGUGUAUGUGAUUCAUGCUAUCUGAAACUAAGUAAAGUUUUGGAUUCUGGUGUCAGUUAUAACAGGAAUAAUAUACCCCGCUUACCUGGUGACACCAAGGCUGAGAGAAUUGACACAAAAGCAAACAAAGUUGCACUAUCUACUAGUUCAGAUAUGAUUAAGAAUUUAGAUGUGAAGGCAGCUAAGCAGACAAAGAAGUCUGACACUUCACAAUUUCCUGCGGUUUUGCAGUUGAAAGACAUCCCUUUCAUCAGUACAUCUGACAUGCAGAAUCCUAAUGAUCCCAAAUCUGCUUUACCAUUUUUGAGGAUGCCAUACCUGAAUUAUUCCAGCUCCCUAUCAUCAGAAAGCUUUGAGAGCCUUAGGGAUGCAAAUGAACUUCUAAAGCAAGAGGUUCAGAAACUACAAGCUGAGGUUAGCAGCUUAAGACAGCAACGUGAACAGAAAGAUGCUGAGUUGCAGAAAUCAGAGGCAAAAGCAAAUGAGGCAAUGACCCUCGCUACUGAGGAAGCAUCCAAAUUGGAGACUGCAAAAGAUGUCAUAAAAUCAUUAACAGCGCAGCUAAAAGGAAUAUCUGAAAGGCUUCCGCCAGGAGCAUUUGAUAUGAAGCACGCACGCCUGAUGGGUGCUGUAUCUCCUGAAAUGGGGAGAGAAAGCCAGAUGAGAUAUGAUGUAGACGGCAUUCAGUAUCCCCAAACCCCCCCUUCUGUUCCAUCUGCAAGGUUUGGUGCAUUCGCUGCCCAAGUCUAUCAAGCAAGUGACCACAAUGAAACUGCCACGGUUCCACAAGACAGCAGGGGCGGACACCCAAACGGUAUCAAAGAGUUCUCCAUGGUGCAACAGAGGACCAAUGGAGGAACUAUUGAAUAUCGCCAUAGAUCAGAUGAUCAUGAUCGAAGGGAAACAGAAAGGUUCCAAAUAAACCUGCACAGCUUGAACAGUUCCAGCUCCCCCAAUAAUCAAGUUGAAGCAGAGUGGAUAGAACAGUAUGAACCUGGAGUAUACCUAACCUUGGUUUCUCUUCGUGAUGGAACCAAAGAGUUGAAAAGAGUGCGGUUCAGCCGGAGAAGAUUUGGAGAACAUCAAGCAGAAUUAUGGUGGAAUGACAACCACGAAAAAGUGUACGAGAAGUACAAUGUGUGUGGAACCGAUCGGCUCUCUUCAGUAAUGACAGCUUAAUGUACACCUGCAUGAAGCAAGAUAUCCAAAAUGGUGCAGAAUGCAAAUACCCCACGGCAUGCCAAGUGAUUGUAGCAUGUUUGUCUUUUAUCUCAGACAUGUUUCAUUUGUAAGAAGCCCAUUAGCUGAUUGUGCCGGCGAGACAUAAAUAUCUCCUCGUCCGAAAAGCCGAUAUAUCCAGCUUGUUUUUGGAAUGUGCUGCAUCGUCUAAUUUAUGUUGCGUUCUGAUCUCUCUGCCUGUCAUCCAAUCCACCUCCCGUCUUGUUGUAUAGAGGAAAUCAUGUGUAACAUGAUGGGAGCAAGUUGUUGUCGCUCCUUUGACCAAGAUACAGAGUUGUAUGUAUAUUUUGGGUUUAAUGGAUGAGAGAAAGCUCCAUCAUCUUGCCA